AUGGGCGGCGCAUUCACAGAAUUGAGAAGGGAUGCGACAUCAAGCAUUAAAGGUGUCGACUUGAGCGACAUAUACUCUGAGAAUGCGGCCGCGAAAAUCUUCCAAGUUGCGCAGCGAGGCUUGAAGCAAGAGGCACCACUUCCGACCUACCCACACACUGUACCUCAAGUUGGUCCUGACGCAGGUCGGUACGAAGGGCGAGAGGCAGACUUCUGGACAUGUGGAUUCUUCCCGGGUUGCAUCUACACCAUCAUUGAGCGUGCGGUACGAUAUCCACAAGCCUUCAAUGUUCCGGACCACAUUCGUCUACAGUUCCAGGAACAGCUGUUGAAGAUCGGCCGACACUGGAACGUUGCAAUCAACCAGAUGAGUUCGCGCACCGAUACACACGACAUGGGCUUCAUUGUGCAGCCCGCAUUACAAAAGGAUUGGGAGUUGACUGGUAACAAAGAGAGCCUCCAGUCUGUGAUCAACGCCGCGUAUGCACUUGCGUCGAGAUACGAUGAGAAGGUCAAGGCCAUCAGGAGUUGGGAUGUCGCCAUAAACGACCGCUACUCGAUCACUGACAUGACCACAAACUUCCUAGUCAUUAUUGACAGCAUGUGCAAUCUCGACCUGCUUUACUACGUUGGCCAUAACCAACACGACCAAACUCUCAUCGACAUCGCAACUCAACACGCCGACUCCAUCAUACACGAAAUUCUCCGCCCCGACUUCUCCUCCUACCACCUUGUAAACUUCGACCCACGCACCGGCCGCCCACAAGCCAAAAUGACCAACCAAGGCCACAAAGACGACUCAACAUGGAGUCGAGGUCAGGCAUGGGCCGUUAUGGGCUUCGCACAAGUCUACUCCUGGACGAAAGACACCAAGUAUCUCCAGACAGCGAUCAAGUGUGCAGAAUAUUUUUUGCAGCGGUGCAAGGAGGGAGAAGGGAAGUGGCAUCACCCGCUGGUUCCGCUGUGGGACUUUGACGCCCCGCUUGGUGACCCGAAUGAGCCACUGCGCGAUGUGUCGGCUGCUAUGGCAACCGCCAACGGUUUGCUCAUCAUCCAUCAAUCGCUACAGAGCCUACCUACCUCCGAAGCAUCACAGCUAGUUGACCCAUCAACGAACUUCCUCGACAUCGCGCUGCAGAUCGUAAGUCAAACACUCGAUAUGUCAUACGACCGCGACCUGGCUUCUUUCGAGGCGCCAGGAAAGUGCCUAGUGAAUGGCGCAGGUGCGGCGGAGAUCAAGGUCAGGGAGAGUGCAUUCGAUGCGAUCUUGAGGAACAGCACGACGAACUGGAAUCCGGAUGCGCAUAAGAAGUAUAAAGAUCAUGGGUUGGUGUACGCGGAUUACUAUUUGCUGGAGUUUGGGAAUAAGUUGUUGAGGGCAGGGCUCCUGUAG